CCGGCAGCAUUUUACGCCAGUUGAAAGCUGAGGCUCGGCGGAGGUGCUCUCUUCGGACAUGGGGUCCUCCUUGUCCUAUCACGUCGAAUAUCCCAGGCCUUCCCCCGCGAUCCCACCUGGGAAACCCGCCGCGCCAGCUUCCGUCGCACAGGAUUCCUCUUCUCAAAACUGCCAGAGCUGUCGCUGGCUUUCUGGGUCUGCGCUCUUCGGGGCUGGCCUCUACGUCUACGUGCUGGGCCUGAGGUCCAUGAAUCGGGAACUCCCAAUGCGACCAGGCCCCAUAACGCAGAUGUUCCUCGGCAUCUCUGUCGCCUGUUUGGGUGCAGUUAUCCUGGCGGACCCCAAGAAGAAGUCCCACCAAGUUUGAAAGUACCAGCAAUUAAUUGUAUCCUGUCUCUGGCUGCGCGGCAAAAAGAACAAGCAUUGUGUUGGUGGAUAUUCUUUGCAGACGUGGACAGGGAUGCACUUCAUUAUAGAACAUGCCAAGAAGACUGUGACAACAUGAGCUGUCAUUCUUUGGUCAUGGAUGUUUACAACUUUCUCCCCUCAGGUUAUCAAGGGACAAAUAAAUCCCUUGGAAGCAAAAAUGGUUCAAUGUCUUGUCCAGGGAGGUUGUGUGUAGUUCAAAUUAUACUGAAAGAUAACAGUUUUAAGAAGAUAUUAAAAUGGAGUAAAUGAUAGUCUAAUCGUAAAGUAAGCUAUUUUAUUAUUAUAGCAAAUAGUUCAUUUUACUUUUCUAAUUGUAUCAAUAGCUAUUCCCAACCUAACCCUGGAUAGGUACAUGAAACUAGAUUUGAAAAAUUUUUGUGCUCUCCACAGUGUCUGUAAAUUCUUCACUGAGUGAUAGCUGCUAAUUUGUUAUUUUGUUAGUAAGCCUUGAGACCAACCCUGUGGGUUUGCUUUUAUGGUUCAUCAGCGCAGUGAUGGAGCAAAAAGAUUGUCUUCCUGGUUGUGUCUUUCACAACUGGGGUAGUACCAAAGAGGCAAGAGUUACCUUUCCCCUCCAAAUGUCACUGCACAAUAAAAGACGUAAAUAACAAAGUAUUUGAGAACAGUUCAAAAAGAAAAUCUGUCGACAGUUUUUCCCAUUGAUAUUAUAAGUAUUUUAGAUUGGAAUUAGGAUGAUUUUGAGAUAGAGACAUAAGAGAAAUGUCUGCUUGCUGUCAGGGCUUGGUUUGGGGGUUUUCUUUGAAAUACUGAGGUGUCUGUGCAAAGGUAUGUUUAGGUGGUUCUUCAUAGUAGAUACUAUUAAAUUCUGUACCAAGUAGUAAGUUUUGAAUACUAUGUUGAGCAAGCAUUUUACUUUAUUUUUGACAGUUUUUUUUAAAUGAUCACUAAGGUUUUUUUUUUUUUUUUUUUUUUUUUUUACCACUACGUUUUAUUAGGAUUGCUUGCAUAAGCAUAGGUAGGAAUCUGGACUACAAUAAUGAAGUAAAUGAUUUUUUUUUUUAUUUUUGGUUUUUGGGUAUAUCCGAAAAUUAUGUUUACUCUAUAGUUACUGUAACAGUAUCCCGAUUUAUUUAUUUCUUACUUUUAGUGGGUUUUUUCUCGACCUGAAACAAGCUAUGCAUAUAUAGGAAGAGAAACAUCAGUUUAAAAAAAUGCCCUUAUCAUAUUGCCUAUGGGCAAAUUUGUGGGCCAUUUUCUUGACUAGUGAUUAUGUGGGAGGGCCCAGCCCACUGUGGGUAUUUCCUCUCCUGCACAUAAGACAGCAUGAUGAGCAAGCUAGAGGGAACUCUGCUUCAAUUCCUGCCUCCAGGUUCCUCCUCUGAGUUCCUACCUUGGCUUCCCUAAUAAUGGACUAUAACCUGUAAGCCUAAUAAACCCAUUCCUCCCUAAA